GCAAUGAAUUACAUGGCUCUUGCAUCGUCCACAGCUCCCAAGAUGCUUGGCAUCUUCUGGUUGGAUGCCCACUGGCUUGACUUUAAUCUCUGCCUAGCACAAAUGUACUUCAUCCGCACAUUUUGCAUAGUUGAGUCAGCCCUCCUAGUUGCCAUGGCCUUUGACCAUUAUGUAGCUAUUUGCAUCCCUCUGCGUUAUACAACUAUCUUAACUAUACCCAUGGUAAUCAAGAUGGGGUUAGUUGGUAUGACUCGAGCAGUCAUUUUGGUUUUUCCCGGUCCUCUUCUCAUUAAGAGACUUCCCUAUUACACUAAAUAUGUCAUCAAUCAUGCAUAUUGUGAGCACAUGGCUGUGGUGAAGUUCGCUAAUGCCAAUACCAACAUUAACAGAGCAUAUGGUAUCCCUGUGGGCCUUUCAGUGAUGAUAUUGGACCUAGGUCUUAUAGCCAUAUCCUAUUUCAAAAUCCUCCAGGCAGUCUUCCGUCUCUCUUCCCAGAAUGCCCGCUCUAAAGCACUGGGCACCUGUGCUGUCCAUGUCUGCACCAUACUCGUUUCCUACACCCCUGCACUGUUCAGCAUCCUAACUCACCGCAUUGGCAAGAAGGUACCUCCAAGUGUCCACAUAAUUUUUGCAAGUGUGUACCUUCUAGUGCCCCCCACAGUCAACCUGCUAGUCUAUGGUGCCAAGACCAAGCAGAUUUGUGACAGAGUGGUGGGUCUCUUCUUACUCAACAGAAAAAAUUCCAAAAACUGA